AUUAAUGAUGUUAAUAAAUGGAUUCAAAAUUCAUUAAAAACGGAAGACAAAGAAUUAGAAAUAAUUGUUUAUGAUAAUCUAGUCCCAGUAUUCACACAAUUGGAACAGCACAACUUAAUUGAAAGGGUGUAUGGACUUAAGGGCAAACAAAUUCUAUUUUUUGAAAAAACAUCUAUUGAUUAUGAUUUAGAGUCUUAUCAAGUUUCUUUUCCAAUUAUGUUUUACUCAAAUGAAUAUAAUCUUGUUGGAAGAAUUAUACAUAACAAUAACGAGGUUUUAUAUGAUAAAGGCCAUAUUAAAAUCAUCAACCUUACAAAACAAGGGUUUCAAUUUACAACAAAUGGUUCUAAAAAUAUUAAUUUAGUAUUCGAAUGGUAUGUGGUUAGAAUUCCGGCGGAUGUUGGUAUUUUUACAAAGGAAGCAAGAAAGUUAAAUAUUAAACAGAUAUCAAAUGAGUUUAAUUAUGAAGAUCCUUUAUGUGAAGUGGAUGAAAAAAUAGUAACA